AUGGACACCGCAAGAUUGCUAGCCCAUGGUUGCAUAGAGGUUGAUGCAUCCCAUUGGAAUAGAUACGCAUUUUUGGUAUGGCCUCACUCUCUUGACUGCCCAAGGUUUUUAACGGGACCGCAGCGGCGCUGCUUGCACAUAUUUCUUAUUGGCAUCGGUAACUACAAGACCAUACCUCUGAAGGAUAUUUAUUCUCCGUCUCUCCUUCCGUCUCUCCACCGAGACCUUCGCAUCAAAGUUGGUGAUACACUGGGCAUUGAUGUUGAAUUGGACGACUUUGACCCAGGGCCCAUGGUGCGCGUUCAUGCUAAUCAAGUCCAUGAGAACAGCACAGACAGUCUGGGAGAUGUUGAAGGCAACACGAAUGACACAGAGGCUGGAGACAAUGGAACCGGUCUCAAUAUCAACCAUGAUGGAGAUGAUAACGAGAAUCGGCCUGACGACACUGAGACUGGCAUGGCAGAGACGAAUGAACUUCACCCUGAUGACUUGGGAUUUGGGGGCAACGGGAAGUGCGCUGUUUUCACCUCUACCAAGUUUUGGAGGUUUGUGGAUGCCUCGCUUGAGGGCAUUCGCAAAAUGGCAAAGGUGCAGGCAGAGGAACUCGACGACGGAACAACGGUCGAGAACAUCAUCCGAAAUGUCCUGGUCGAGUAUUUCCAGCAAGACCUCGCUGAAUUCCCCGGGAAGAGGACCGUUCCGAAACUUCUUUCCACCACCAGUCCCCAGUGGCAAACAACAAGUCAGACCAAUUUGCUUUGGUGA